AUGGACAGCAGUGCAGGAGAGAUACAUAAAAGUUUGCAAGGGCUUCAGCUUUCUCAAGUGCUCCAUGGAGAAGAGAAGAGUCCAGUUGCAGAUUUAAUUGAUCUGCGGGCCAAAGGCAACCAACGGUUUCAAAACAGCGACUGGAAAGGAGCGAUCGCAUGUUAUUCUGAAUGCAUAGACAUUGCUCUUAAGAAUAAAGAUGAACUUUGUAACAAGGAAGCCAUGGACGUAUUUGUGAGUUGUUACUCUAACAGAGCAGAGGCAUGUUUAAGACUGGAGGAAUAUGGGAAAGCUGUAGAAGACUGCGAGAAAGCCCUGCAACUUCAUUCCACUCAUCUCAAAUCCCUCUUUCGCAAGGGCAGAGCUUUGCACGGACUCAAAGAGUACAACUUAGCCUGUUCGUUCUUUCGACUGGCACUAGAGCAAUCCCCAGAUGCCAAGGAAAUAAAGUCUAACUUUGACAAUUCGAAGAAGCUGAAUGAAGAAAACCAACAAGGUAAGUUUGAUCUCUCAACCUAUUUUCUAAAUGGUUGUAGACCGCAAGAUAUUCCGGAGGUGAGUAAUUAUAUUGGUCCAGUGAUUAUUAAAAAGUCGCCUCUGCAUGGUCGAGGUUUGUUUGUUACCAAGGAUGUUGAGAUCGGAGAUACUCUGCUUGUGGAGAAUGCGAUUGCAACGAGUGGCAUCUAUUGUAGGCCACUGGCCUUUCCUGUCGAAGAGAGCCCUGCCAGCGAGCUUGAACGUCUUCAUCAAGACACAGUGAAUCGAGCUGCUGCUUCCGCAAUGUCAUGUCCAAGGAUUCUGCAGCAAUUGCGGUACCUUACUGAUUCAUCUUGGCUAAAGGAGACAGAGGUUCCGGACAUAGAGUUGUUCAGGGUAAAUAAUGCUAAUUGGAACAAAUUUGGUGUAAACCCAGGGAAAUUCCAGAUAAACACGUUUAAACUCAGGAAAGCUGUGGAGCUGAAUGGUCUACUCACACAUAUUAGCAGGGAUGGGAAAAAUCCAGUUGAGGAGGAUGAAGAUGGUUUGAACAGCAGCAUUGGGUUUUGGAAUCAGAGGAGCGUAAUAGAGCAAUGCGGGCUUUGGGGUCUUCCAUCUUUCAUCAAUCAUUCAUGUUUUCCAAAUGCUAAACGUAUGGUGGUUGGACAAGCAAUGUUCAUUAUAGCUGUGAGAAGAAUUGCUGCAGAAGAGGAAAUAACUGUUCCUUACUCCAGAAGCCUUUAUCCGCUAGUGGAACGCGAGCGCGAUUUGACACCAUUGGGGUUUCACUGUGAGUGUAAGCGGUGUGUUUUGGAACGGUCUCUUGGUCCAUCUUUCCGAAAACUGAGUCAUACUAUCAACAAUUACUUACAGUCCCUGACAAAGCCAACGAAUAUCUCAUCCAGAAACUUGCAGUCCAUGGUGGGAUUCGCUCUGCAGUUGGAGAAUAUUGAGGCCCAGGAUGAAGUGAAGCAACUCAUACGCGCCUCAUUCUAUUGUCUCUACAAAUUUGUUUUUUCUACUGCCAAAGUAUAUACUGAUAUUCGUGUGUUGUCACAGUCGCUUCCUACAAUAAUGGAAGUAGCAGAGGCAUUGCGGCAUGCUGAACCAGGUUGCGAUGCCUCUCUAAAGAUGUUUCAGAUGCUUCUACAGGAAGCGCAUGGAAAACAGAGGGAUUUACUUGUUCAGAAGGCAAUGGAAAACAGCAUAGCGAUAAUUGGAAAACAGAAAGAACAUGUCCUUAAAGCUUUCGUGGUGUCAAAGUUUGAUGCAUGUAUCCCAACCGUCAGGACCUGGAAUCCCCGUGAGGUGUACUCUACAAUAAACAUAUAG